CCCCUGCCUAUGGCUGAACACGGUUCCUGCACCCGCCCCGGCCGAGCCCACCUCCUGCUGCCCAUCCCGGGGCUCGGCCGCACCCUCCCCCCGGCAGGUCCACGUGCCCAGCGCCUCCGCCCUCGGGGUUCCCGGCCACCAUUCGCGCAGUUUCCCACCCGAACGGCUGGGCUGCUGCGCAGCCCCGAGACCACCAGGCGCGGGGGCGGAGCGCCCUGGCGGGAACUGGAACCGCUUCCAGUCCCGCCCACCGCGCCCUCGAGCCGCGGACCCAGGGGUGUGCGCAUGCGUACUAUGCCCGCUCCGCGUCCGGCGGCUGUAGCCAUGGUGACCGGAGCCCCGGCCGCCCCGCCCCCAGCGCCGCUGCCCCGCAGACCUGGCCGCGCCCCCCCGCAGGGAGCCGCAGCCGGUGCGUCCGCGCUGCGGGCCGGCCGAGGAGGGGCGCGCACGGACGCACGGACGCACGGACGCCGGCGCCCGCCCGGGAGCAUGUGGAAGCUGGGCCGGAGCCGGGUGCUCCUGGACGAGCCCCCCGAGGAGGAGGAUGGCCUGCGGGCGGGGCCGCCGCCCUCCGUCGCCCCCGCCGCCGCUGCCGCCGCCGCCGCCGCCGCCGCUGCCGCCGCGCAGGUUCAGGGAGCGAGUUUCCGAGGCUGGAAAGAAGUGACUUCACUGUUUAACAAGGAUGACGAGCAGCACCUGCUGGAAAGAUGUAAAUCCCCCAAGUCCAGAGGAACUAACUUACGAUUAAAAGAAGACUUGAAGACGGAGAAGAAGUCUGGAUUUUGGGACAAUUUGGUUUUGAAACAGAGUACACAGUCUAAGAAACCAGAUGAGAUCGAAGGUUGGGAGCCACCAAAACUUAUUCUUGAAGACGUGGCAGCCAACUCGGGCGACCCCAUGAGUGACCGUCUGUCCGGGCCGGGCUGGGAAGAGGACGCCAGGGGCUCCACCAAGUACACCAGCCUGGCCGGUGCCGGGAACAGCUCGCGCUGGAGCCUCAGGUCAGCGGGGAAGCUGGUCAGCAUCCGUCGGCAGAGCAGAGGCCACCUGACGGACGACUGGGAGGAGCUGGAGUGACGGCCCCACUCCUGCGAGUUCACAAACCAAGGUCUGCCUGAUUUUGCACCUUUGUAUCUCAUUUCAUUCAGAUUCCUAGAGUUUGCUGUAUCACAGUGUGUUUUUAGUAGAGUAUCAAGUUUGGUCUUUCCCUGAUGAAAACUGCAGAGAAUCUGCCCUGUGCUGUUUUAUUUGGACUCUCCUCUUCAAAUGCUUACUUAGGAAAUUCCUCAGUGGACACGAACAGGGACCGCACAUCAACUGCCUUAUGUGGAAACGUCCUCCUGUCGUCCACGUGUUGCUGAGACUGGAGACGUGAGGUUUGCUGCUGUCCGGGAGGAGCGCAGUGGUAAUUUGCAUUUUGCCACAAAACCGUCUUCCUGUGUCCUCGGUUGUAGUUCUUUGUUCCGUGUCUUGAUCCCUUUCUCUGCAUGUAGCACAUACGUGUAGUCUAUGACACAAGAAUGUAGCAGCUGCACAGUUCUCUUCUGUUGCCAGAAACCUGCAAUCCAGGUGUAAAAUGAAUCUUCCAAAGGUCAUGUUACAUUGUGUUAACUCUUCUUUUGUACUAAAUUUUAAAAUAUGCAAGCAGAAUAAACCCUGGAGAAGCAAAGGCUGUAUCUGAUCAGCAUGAAUGCACUGUCUGCAAACGCGUCUUCAUCUCCAGCCUCCUGUACGCGCAUUAGAUGAUGACAGUGGUUCUUACCUUGAGGUUUUAUUUUUAUUUCUCCUGAACUUUUAAAUAUUGAUCUUAUUUUCUUCUAAAACUUUGUUCUCGGUUUUUGAUUGCAGAUCAAAGAAUGCUAUAUAUAAAGCAUGGAUCAGUUUUAGUAACUUGACAGUUAAUUUUGUUUGGAAAAUAAUAACUCGCUUGUUAAGAGUUAAAACUGUAUGUAAAAUGAUGAAAGUGCCUCUCUUCUCUAACACCCAGGGUUUUGUUUUUCCAAAUGAGAGACUGGCUGGUUUGGGCACGUCCCUGAGGCAUCUCGUGUGUCUCCAGACUUGCUCUCUGCCUCCCUGAUAGACUGGCCCCGUGGCCAGGUACCCGUGCACGUGUGUCCUCAGCAGGACAGCUCCGAUCCACAGGAGUACGUGUCUAUCUCAGGUCACGGUGGCUUCACAGAGAAGGUAUUGGGGUUUUUUGGUUAAAAACAAAAACCUCCAGUUACACUGUGCAUUCCUCUUUAAAAGCCACUGUCCUCAGUGUUCAGUUCUGUGCUGUUCGACGUAAAGGGGUGCCAUUUAGCACUUCUGUGGACUCCGGGGGGUGACAGUGUGUGCCUGUCAUCUGUCAUUUCUCAGUCAUCUGUCUACACUCUGUCAUCUCCAGCCAUCUAUGUACAAUGUAUACCUGUCCUCUAACCAUCUCUCUCGCUCUGUCUACGUAGCGUCCAUCAGUCAUCUAUGUCCAUCUUUUUCUAAGAGACAAGAAGUUUACUUCACUGAGCCUUGAAAGGGGGACAUGUAAGUGGUGGUAAAAUCCAGUUUGCGUUAGAACCUUGAAAUGUUAAUACUGGAACUGAAAACCGUGUUUCCUCGGGGAAACGGUUCAGUCCAUAGACUGUAGUCCUUCUCCCUAAAGAGACGCUUGCUGUGGCUGCAGACGAGCUCCAGGCCGUCAUUUACGCGAGGAUUUUAAAGCAGGAGCUGCGGGCUUGUCUUGGGCUAAUCCUGUGUUGAGGUGCAGGGAGGCAGACCUCGUGUCCAAGGCUCUAGGCAGGGAGCUCAGCGCGGUGGUGGGGACAGUGUCCUCACUGUGGGGAGCCUGUGCCCGUGUGCUGCGACGCUCAGUGCCCGUGACACACCCGUGGUGCACAGCUGGCAGAACAACUCUUCAUACCAUUGUUCCUCAAAACCAGACCGGGGUUGGAAUAUGCACAUAAAUCACACUUAUCUACAAAGAUAAACGUAAAAAUGAAUUUUUCUUCUGUUGUAUCUGAUUAAACAAAAAUAUUUGUGGGUUUUAAUAUAAAUAUUUAUUGGUAUGCUUUGGGGGAAAGGUAUUUUUUCUUGAUAGAAUUUACCGAAGCAUCUUUGUUUUGUUCACUGGCUGAUGAGAAAAGAGGUUUGUUUGAAUUCUGUAAAAACAUAGCUUCUCUGUGUGAAGAGUGAAGUGUCUGCUCUUUCGACUGUCGUUUUUAACAGAAAAGUGAUUGGCUUCAAAGAAGGUUGAAUUCUUAAUGCUGAGGUUUUUAAAAAUAAAACAUGCUUUAUAUACUCUGACUGUUAGUUUGCACGGUUACUGGAAUCUGCUUCCGGUGACUCAGUCACUCAGAGUUGAUGGUACCCGUCUCGACACCUUCAACCUCAUUUAAGAUGCCAACAAAAUGUGUAGACUCAUAAAUAAACGACCAACUUCAACCUCAGCUGUCAGGAUGUAUCUUUUGUGUAUCUGAAUGGACGCUGUUUGGGAACAGCAGGCGCUGCGCCUGCCCUGCCCUGGGCCCUGCUUCCGAUUUUACUGCAGUGACUCCACGAGUUAGAACCUGAAGCAAGCCCCCCCUCAGCACCCAGCUGACAGGAGGACGUUCUUUACUUAAUCAUCUUCAUCUUGUAAAAAGGUUUCCAUCUGUUUUUCUCAAACAGUGGCCUCUUCUGGAGAGAAACCCUGACCUCCCUUAGGGACUGGAUGACCACGAUGCCGUCUCAAGCCAGGUGACACGUCCGAGUCCCACCACCUUCCUUUCCCGUGGUGUGCGUGUUUCUGCCUUUCCCUCGCUGGUCUCCUGGCCUGUCCCUGCCCUCGUCCCCUCUUCCUCCCCCCCCCCCCACCUCACCCACUCCUGCUCCCGUCCUGCUCUACACCUGCUCUGGGGGCGUGUGGUUCCGCUGGUGGUUUCAGACCCUGAACCUCAGGUGCUCACUCACAGACAUACGUCACCAGAUAUUUUCUGACUGUUGUCACAGGCCGGGGACUUUCUCUUCUUUCUCCCCAUUUACUUCUAGCCAUUUAUAUACUUUCUAGUUUUUAUGGUUCUCAGUUGAUAUUUGAACAAAAGAAGGGCAGAACACUAUUUAAUAAGCUUUAAAGAAAUGAAUUGGCUAAAAAUUUAACUUUGUGAUAAAAUAGUCCAAAGGGGGGUACAGACGGUGCUGAAUGACUAACCAAGGGACCUGCUGCUGCCACUGCUUUCUUUUGGCAGAAGAGCGGUUCUGGGUGAUGGAUGCGGGGCAGGAACGCCCUCCGAGGGGGUUUCCCAGCGCCUGUGCCCUGAGGACAGGCACCGUCACUUCCUAGUAGUUGCCGCUUCACCACAAGGGUCUGAUGGGGCUGUGACCCACACGUGAUGCUGUCGUGGUGAGUGCGUGUCCUCACGGCUGUGUUCUGUAGUUUGUAAUCGUGGAUACAGGACCUAGCCUGGUCCAGAACUGUCUGCAGGGCACCUCCUGGGUCGCAGGGUCCCUUGGGGCUCCUGGGGCAGGGGGGUGGGGUAGGGUGGUGGAUGGCCACAUCCUGUCCCAGCCUGGUCCACUCGGUGCUGGCCAGCUGUUAACGUUCAGCCAGCUGAAUGCACCUGUUUUCAGAAAAAGCGCUACUUUGUAACCUAAAUGGCUUUCGAUUCAUGUUGUGCAGAGUCACGUUGCAAUGAAAAAUUACUAAUCUUCACUAAUAGCAGAACAAAGUGAUGAACUAUUGAUAGAUUUUGCCCACUGUUGAAAAAUGUAAAAUUUCUACUGAAAGAAGCCGUCUCAGGAUUUGGAAAAUAUUUGAGCUGUGUCCUUUAGUAACAGGGUGAUGAACGCAAAGGUGACCCCCAGGGUGUGAGGUGUCACAUGGGUCUAGAAGGAAAGCCCCGCAUAGCUGGGUAGCACCCCGGAUUUGGUGCCCCUGAUGAGGUCAUCGUGUUACCCUGGAAACAGUGGCCCAGCACCCGACUUUCCUCAAACCCACGGGGAGAAUGACGUGGCAGACGAGACCUUUUAACGGUUGCAUUCGGAUGAGGGAUUGCAGGUGACUUUCACCUCUGUGUUUUUCACGCCUUCUGGGGUAUUUUGAAAACUCAGUUAGACAAGCGUACAGACCGCAUUAACAAGCAAACCAGCUCCGCUCUGGGUUUUUCUAACCAUGUCGUCUCCCCACUGUGUUCGCACAAGGACAGGUCAGGGCACUGCGGCUGGGCCUGAGGUCGUGGGAAGGUGAGGUGUGGCCGGGCCAGCCCUGCAGGGGGCCCUGACCCGCUCGGUAGUGAAGCCAUGGGGGUAAUAAACCGAAAAUUGGCUUCUUCCCUGUGAGGAAGAGGCCGUCUUUUCUGACCGAGUGUCUGUGUUCCAGUUCCCAAGUGGCGACUCUAGCCUUCAUGUAGAAAUUCUGAAUUUAGAAAUGGUGGCUUUAAACAGAACAGCAAGGGAGAGAUGACACGUGGCUGUGGCGUGUGCAUCUGCCUCGCGGGGGGAGGGCGGUGAGGAGACCUCAGACUCUGGCGUCGGGCGAGGGUCUCAGGCGCCGUCCACUCCACUCCCUGGUGCCGCCCGGCCUCCUGCGGGGCACCUGGUCCAUCGGGGCUCCCAGAGGCGGUGCCGCUGCGCCCGUUUCCCAGAUGAUCAGAGUGAGGCUCCGAGGGUGUUUGUGCCCAGGCACUCGCUGGACCAGGAGCUGAGAUCCAGGUGGGGAAGCCGGAGGCACCUGCUGUUCUGAGGGGUCUGACGUGUCCCCAGCACUGGUUGGGGGUGCAGGGCCUGGUUUCAGACUCACAGGGAUGGGGUCUAAAUGCUGGCUUAGACCUCGGGAGGCCACACAGUUUGUCCCUCGUCGCAGAAGGCGUGGCUGGACAGGGUGUGGCUGGCAUGGAAUGCGGUGGUGAGGGCCAGGCGAGGCUGUGGGGCGUCUGGGCAGGUGUCCCCACCUGGCGGUCCCUCCUGGACGGGUGGAGCCCCCUGCCCGUAUGCACCGGGCAAACGUUUUCAUGAAGCGGACGGAGCAUGGGAUUCAGUGGGGUGAGGAGGCCGUGUAGCUGGUGGAUGGGAAGCUGAGAGGCUGGCAGAGUUUGGGAGACGUUCCUGGGGCAGCAGGGGUGCCAGGGCCUCGGAGCGGGAGGUUACUCCAGAUCUGCAGGCUCUGCGAGGCUGGUUCAAGGAAAGGGGCUCCUCCUGGACUAAGCUUUUCGCACCUGUCAGCCACCCAGGGUCCCGAUGGUGAGGAAGCCAGUGCCCAGCUUCCGUGCAUUCACAGCUCAUCCAGGAGAAGAACCAUCCCCAGUGAAACAGUCAUUCUCCUUUUAACAACAGGAAAGGCCACGCUCGGCUGUGAACAAGAGUCCCCACACCUCGGUCACUCUGUGGGUCCUGAGGAAUUGGGGGCCCCCGGGUCUCAGUGUGUGUGGGAGUGUUAAGAGUUGUGCUUUUUCUGUACAGCGUGUGCCACUCCUGAGCCCGGUAGCAGCAGGCAUGUGCAAGGGAGGCCAGAUUACACCUAAACCUCUAAGUGGUGGUUAUUUUUCAUAAUUAACCCGUCACAUUUCAAUUUGGAAGUGACAGGCAUUUCAGUUUUUAAAAACUGUAUUAUGGAAAAUAUCUAUGCAAAGGUAAGAACGGUGCAGUGGGCAACUCAGCCACUGAGAUUCCACAGUUGCUGAACGUGUCAUAUUUGCUUCACGUGUGUGUUUUACCUGAUAAACGAUUUCAAGGCUGAGAUAUAUAUUCACCACUUAAAAGUAAAUUACAGACAUCGUGACGUUUCGCUCCUGAAUGCGUACAGCAUGCAUUUCUAAAAACGAAGCUAUUCCCCCAGCAUAACUAACUACUACGUCAAUGGCACACCUCAGAAAAUUAACCAUUCCCUAACAUCAUCUGAUACCCAUAGAUACAGUCAGUCAGGUUUUCCCGAUUGUCUGGAAAAUGUCUUUUUAGCUGCUUUUGAUUUCGUCCUCAAGACCACGGCAUGGUGUGUGCAUUGUGCCUGGCCUGCUGCAGGGGCUCAGCCGAUACUCAGGUAGGUGUGAAAUGUGGGCAUGGGGAUGACAGGUUCCCUCCCGCCUCGCCUGCCUGCAGUUGCCUCUCUCCGCCUGCAGGAAUGUGUGUCUGGGGACUUGCUUCUGUACAAAUCCACCGCUUUGUGCUGGGUUCUGAUACUCAAGAGUCCUUUCUCUGGGUAUCGGCCAAGUUUCUGAUUCUGUCCCAGGCCUCUGUCGUCUGUCUUCUGGUCGCCAGUCUCCCUCCAGGGUCUUUGGCCUCAGUGAAGUGGUGGAUAAGUUUAUAUAAUUAGAAGUUAAUGUCUCAGCAUGACUUUUCAGAAUUGCAGAAUUUAGUGAUAAAGGCAGGGUAGAAUUUUAGCUUUCAAGAGAGUUGAAUAAAUCUGGAAGGGGGUGGUGAUGGGAAAAAUAUCAUUUGCUUUGAGUUUUCUUUCUGAGAAGUAUUUUUUUCUUUAGAGGCUAGGGUUUCAAAAUUCUCUUCUCCCUAGAAACUUAGAACUGGCUCAGUAAGCUAGCAGGAGGAUGCCAAGAAUUUUUGUUCUGUAAGAAAUCUCCAAAGCUCAACAUGCAGAAGCACCUGGAAGACCAGUUUCCCUUGGGAACCAGUGAGCAGGACCCAGAUGAGGGCAUUGCUCUCCCCCAGGAGAUACGCAGCUCUAUUCUAGUACUUCGCUGUUUCUCUCACUUUAUAAUUUUGGGUGCUUACAGAUCUUCAAAAGGCAAUGUGAGAUAAAAUACUGGAAAGAUAUCAAAAUGUAAGUAAUUACCUCGAAGUAGAAUUAUGGGUAGCAUUUUCUUUUUUUUUUGUAUAUUGGCUUUUUAACAAAACUUUUUACAGUGAAUAUACAUUACUUUUGUGAUAAAAAAACAGGGCGACAAAUGUUGUUGAAAAAGUAACACCUCAGUUUUUAAAUGGAAAAUAGCAAACAUAUCCAAAAGAAGAAACAAAAUUAUAUAAAUCAUGGGCUGGCACACUACAGCCUGGUGGACAACUGUGGCCGUCCCCCUGUACUUACUUAUAUGGCAUACAAGUUAAGAAUGUUUACAUUUUCAAAUGGUAGAACAACUUAAAAGAAUAAUAUACUGUGACACAUGAAAUCCCAGAGUUUAAUUGGAACACUCGCUAUCAAUGUCCCCCACGCAGUUGAAGUCUGAGUUACGUAUAGAUUGUCUAUGGCUGCAAGAGAGAAUGUGGGCCCUGAAAAGCCAAAAAUAUUUAACACCUGCCUCCUCACAGAAAAUCUGCUGAACCCUGGUGAAAACUCCUUCAUGUACACAUCCUUCCCCUCUACAGUUUUCAGCUCCUGGCCAGUCUUGUUUUAUCUUUAGUCACCCCCUAGCCUCAACCAAGAGAAUUAACUAUGUUAAAGUAAAUCCCAUAAUCCUGUAAUUUCAUCAUCUUCAUGUUGUUUAAAUUAAAAAGUUGAGAAUUUACCAAGAAGAUGUAAUAAUCAUAAACAUACAUGAACAAACAUUAGAGCUUCUAAACAUAUGAAGCAAACACUGAGGAAAGAAGAGCCAGCUCUAUAUUAUAGUAGGAGAUCCCAAUACCCCACUUCAAGAAGAGACAAUAUCCACCAUUAGAUCAAUCAAUUUAAUACACGUUAUUAUACACAGAACAAAGGAAAAACAUGAUCAUUUCAAUUGAUGCAGAAAAAGCAGUUGACAAAAUUCAACACCCUUUCACGAUGGAAAUACUCAACUAAUUCUGAAUAGAAGGAAACUGCCCCAACAUUAUACAGCCAUAUAAAAAGUCCCAGCUGACACCCUCUCAAUGCUGAAAGACUGAAAGCUUUUCCUCUAAGAUCAGGAACAAGACAAAAUGCCCACUCUCACUACUUCUGUUCCACACAGAUUGGAAGUCUGCACCAGACAGAGCCAUCUGGGCAAGAAAAAGAAAUAAAGCAUCCAAAUUGGAAAGGAAGUAUUAAAAUUUUCUGUUUGCAGGUGGCAUGAUCUUACAUGUAGAAAAUCCUAAAGACAACAAAAAAAUCAACAUACAAACAUCAGUUGCAUUUCUAUACAAUAACAAUGAAAAAUCCAAAGAGGAAAUUAAGAAAAUUUCAUUUUUUAAUGGCAACAAAAAGAAUAAAACACUUAGGAAUGAACUGAGUGAAAAAGGCUGAAAGAAAAAGACACAAAUAAAUGGAAGCCAUCCCAUGUUCAUGGAUUGGAAAACUUCCACCCAAAGCAAUCUAUAGAGUCAAUACAAUCCCCACCCAAGUCAUAAUGGCAUAUUUGGUCAAAUGAUUUUCAACAAGGGCGCCAAAACCAUUCAGUAGGGAAAGGACAGUCAACACACGUUGCUGGGAAAACCACAUAUCCACAUGCAAACGAAUGAAGUUGGAUCCUUACCUUAUUAUGCUAUGUGCAAAAAUUAAAACUAUAAAACUCUUAGAAGAAAACAUAGGGAGACAUAGGGAGAAAGCUUCAUGACACUGGAUUUGGCAAUGAAAUCCUGGAUAUGACAAAAUGUGCAGGCACCAAAAAAAAGAAUAGAGAAAUCGGACAUCAAAAUUUAAAACCUCUGUGCGUCCAAGGACACAGUCAACAGAGUGAAAAGGCAACCUAGGGAAUCGGAGAGAACAUUUUCAAGUUGUCUAGCUGAUAAGGACUUAGUGUCCAGAGUUGUAGUAGUUCUUUCUAUAUUCAACAACAAAGCCACAUACAACUCAAUUAAAAAGAGGGCAAAGGACCUGAAUAGACAUUUCCCCAAGAAAGACAUAUAAACAGCCAACAAGCACAGGAGAAGAUGCUCAACAUCACUUCUCAUCAGGGAAAUGAAAAUCAAAGCCAUAAUGAGAUAUCACCUCCCAACCAUGUGGACAACUACUAUAAAAAACAAACAAAACAAGCCCAACCUCACAAGAUAACAAGUGUUGGUGAGGAUGCAGAGAAACUGGAGCCCCUGGGCACUGUUAGAGGCUGCACCAUUGUACACUCCCACCAUGGAAAAUAGUAUGGUGGUUCCUCAAAAUAUUAACUAUAUAAUUAGCACAUGAUCCAGCAAUUCCACUUCUGGGUAUACAUUCAAAAGGAAACGAAACCUUUAUCUAGAAGAGAGAUUUGUACAUCAUGUUCACAGCAGCCCAAAGGUGGAAGCAACCCAAGUGCCCAUCAACAGACAGAGAAACAGAAUGUGGUCCAACCACACAAUGGAACACUACUCAGCUCACAAGUGAAGGAAAUCCUGAGCGAUGCUACAACACGGAUGAAAAGACAACCACUUUAUGAUUCCAGUUACAUGGUGUGUCUACAGCAGUCAGAUCCAUAGAGACAAAGUGGAUGGUGGGGGCCAGAGGCUGGUGGGUGGGGAAGGGGAAUUAGUGUUUAAUGGGGACAAUUUCUGUUUGCAGAGAUAAAAAGUGUUCUGCAGAUGAUGGUGGUGGUGUUUGCACAACAAUGUGAAUGUACCUAAUGCCACUGGACUGUACACUGAAACAUGGUUAAGAUGGCAAAUUUUAUGUGUAUUUCACUGCAAUUAAAAUUUUUUAAUGACAUUUGAAUUUUCUAUGUAGAUUAAAUAGUAAAAAGCUACUUGCAUUCGUCUGUGCAAAUUUCUCAAAUGACUGUCAAAGAAGAGUGAAAAUUUUAUCCAAAUAAUAAAAACAACAUAGUUGAGGUGUCUCUCCUGUCUGACACAGAAGAACAAACACGGUGUGUGGAGAAUCUCGCCAUCCUGAGCGAGAGACACGUGAAAAGCCCUCUCGCAUCCUCAGGUGGCUGUGCUCUGAGCACCUCUGUUCUCCAUGUGGGCCUGAGUCGGUGCUGGGGGCGGGGAGGGCAGCAGAACCCCCAGGAAUACGCCUGAGAGAUGCAUGUGCCAAUGACACCCAGAAGGUGCUGGCGAGGGGGCACUGCAGUCACACCUGUGCGGUGGGAAGGAGCAGGCCACACCAGCCAUGGCAGGGGUCGGGAAGGUGCACGUGGCACAUCCCUGCUGGGAUUCUGGGGGGCGCCCAGGGGACACUGUUCUCCAAAAGUGAGGGUCUGCUUCCUCUGCAAAAAGGGACAGAAAGCAGAGCUCAUCUGGAGUGAGGUCAGAAGACGCGACCACACCCAGAUAGGAGCAGGGGGGUGCGAGCUGAGAAGCAAGUGGAUGUCGGGCCUUUCAGCCGAGCAGGUGUCGGCAGCAGGAAAUCACUGGGUCCCUCAGGGUUUCCCCUCCCAGGUUUGCAGAUCCUUGGGUAUCUCACCGGGUGGGGGUGAUGCUGCAUUUGGUAGGGAAUACAGGAAACGGAGAAGAGUGAAGCAUAUGCAUUUUCUCACACCGUUAAUGAAAGAAAGAAAUGUCAUAAGCCAAGACAGCUUCUGCCUUUUCAUCUAUGGUUUUCAGCACACUUCCUUCUGUAACUAUGGAGGAAAGCAGCAGAUGAAGUUUACAGCCCGUUUAUUGCUAGGUUAGGGCCCAUGAUGAAGAAAAUGAGCUCUAACCAAGAUACGUCUCAGCUAUCCCGUUAAAGGCAAAGGAUUUUCCAAAAGGGAGGAUGUCACUAAACUGAAAACAGACGCUUCUCCUCAGUAACUUCAGUUUCCAAGGAAUUAUCCUAAUGCUUAAAGGAGGACACACACCAAUUCUUCACAAACCCUUCCCAGAAAAUGGGAGGGAACGCUCCCAAGGCAAGCCCCUUCUAGGAGGCUGUUUUCACCCUGAUACCAAAACCAGACAAAGACUCACCAGAAAAGCACAGCUAAUCUCUCUUGUGAAAAUGCUCAGUAAAACCAGCAAACUAAACCCACCAAAUGUGUAUGGAAACCACAUGGGACGUGGGCCUGAAAAUGCAAGGUUGGUUCAACACACAAAAGUCAACACACGACCACCACUGUAGAUGUAGAAAGAGCACUCGAAAAAAUCUAACAUCCUUUCAUGAUUAAAAAAAAAAACAAA